AUGGGGGUGAACGCAGUGCACUGGUUCCGAAAGGGGCUCAGGCUUCACGACAACCCCGCCCUGAAGGAGUGCAUCCAGGGCGCCGACACCAUCCGCUGCGUCUACAUCCUCGACCCCUGGUUCGCCGGCUCCUCCAACGUGGGGAUCAACAGGUGGCGAUUUUUGCUUCAAUGUCUUGAAGACCUUGAUGCCAAUCUGCGAAAAUUAAACUCUCGUCUAUUUGUGAUUCGUGGACAACCAGCAGAUGUUUUUCCCCGGCUUUUCAAGGAAUGGAACAUUACUAAACUUUCAAUUGAAUAUGAUUCUGAGCCCUUUGGAAAGGAACGAGAUGCAGCUAUUAAGAAACUGGCUACUGAAGCUGGAGUAGAAGUAAUUGUACGAAUAUCACACACAUUAUAUGAUCUAGACAAGAUCAUAGAACUAAAUGGUGGUCAACCACCUCUUACCUAUAAAAGAUUCCAGACUCUCAUCAGCAAAAUGGAACCACUAGAAAUACCAGUAGAGACAAUUACUUCAGAAGUGAUAGAAAAGUGCACAACUCCUCUGUCUGAUGACCAUGAUGAGAAAUACGGAGUCCCGUCACUGGAAGAACUAGGUUUUGAUACAGAUGGCUUACCCUCUGCAGUGUGGCCAGGUGGAGAAACUGAAGCACUUACACGUUUGGAAAGGCAUUUGGAAAGAAAAGCGUGGGUGGCGAACUUUGAAAGACCUCGAAUGAAUGCAAAUUCCCUGCUCGCCAGCCCUACUGGACUCAGUCCUUAUCUCCGAUUUGGCUGUUUGUCAUGUCGACUCUUUUAUUUCAAACUGACAGAUCUCUACAAAAAGGUAAAGAAGAACAGUUCCCCUCCCCUUUCCCUUUAUGGGCAACUAUUAUGGCGUGAAUUUUUCUAUACAGCAGCAACAAAUAAUCCACGCUUUGACAAAAUGGAAGGAAAUCCCAUUUGUGUUCAGAUUCCAUGGGAUAAGAAUCCUGAGGCUUUAGCAAAAUGGGCAGAAGGACGGACAGGCUUUCCAUGGAUUGAUGCCAUCAUGACGCAGCUUCGUCAGGAGGGUUGGAUUCAUCAUUUAGCCAGACAUGCAGUUGCUUGUUUCCUGACACGAGGUGACCUGUGGAUUAGUUGGGAAGAAGGAAUGAAGGUAUUUGAAGAAUUACUUCUUGAUGCAGAUUGGAGCAUAAAUGCUGGAAGUUGGAUGUGGCUGUCUUGUAGUUCCUUUUUCCAACAGUUUUUUCACUGCUAUUGCCCUGUUGGUUUUGGUAGGAGAACAGAUCCCAAUGGAGACUAUAUCAGGCGUUAUUUGCCUGUUCUGAGAGGCUUCCCUGCAAAAUAUAUCUAUGAUCCCUGGAAUGCACCAGAAGGUAUUCAAAAGGUAGCCAAAUGUUUGAUAGGAGUUAAUUAUCCUAAACCAAUGGUGAACCACGCUGAGGCAAGCCGUUUGAAUAUUGAGAGGAUGAAACAGAUCUAUCAGCAGCUUUCACGAUACAGAGGACUCGGUCUUCUUGCUUCAGUGCCAUCUAAUCCUAAUGGGAAUGGAGGCCUCAUGGGGUAUUCUCCUGGAGAAAAUAUCCCAGGUUGUAGCAGCAAUGCAAGUAAUUGUACUCAAGGGAGUGGUAUUUUACAUUAUGCUCAUAGAGACAGUCAGCAAACUCAUCUAUUAAAGCAAGGAAGAAGCUCCACAGGCACUGGUCUUGGCAGUGGGAAACGUCCUAGUCAGGAAGAGGACAUGCAGAGUAUUGAUCCUAAAGUCCAGCGACAAAGCACUAAUUAG